GGUGCUGCGGGGCUCCCUGGGAGGUGUAGUUCCUUGCGCGUUGAAACCGCGGCUGCUACCUCUCCGGAGGCGCGCCGUUCUAUCUGAAGGUCCCCAGACAGCCACGCGCGCUCCUGGCGCUCCGUACCCGACUCCGUCCUGCGGCUGACCCCGGUGGUCACGUGGAGCCACUUACCACGCAAGUUGGGGUCCUCGCAGCCAGGGAGCAAGCCCUAAAAUGCCUGUUCGCGUGAGACCUCGGUGCGGCGGGUCAGGGUCGCUCUCCGCGUGGGGCUUGCUCCGCUGCGCGUCGGUGCCCGACUUGGGCGCCUGCUGAGCGUGCGGAGCCGAGUCAGGCGGCCGCCGGGGCACCAGGGUCUGGGACGCGCCGGCGCGCUCUGGAGAGGCUCGGCAGCCCGGCUCCCCCGCAGCCGGGUGCUUGGGUCGGGGUCCGAGUGAGGCCGACGGUCUUCAGCGCCUGCGCUGCGGCGGCGGCCCCGGGAGCAGAGGUGGAGCAACCCCAUUACGCUAAAGAUGAAAGACUGGGGUUGGCUGGCCCUGCUUCUGGGGGCCCUGCUGGGAACUGUCUGGGCUCGGAGGAGCCAGGAUCUGCACUGUGGAGCUUGCAGGGCUCUGGUGGAUGAACUAGAGUGGGAAAUUGCCCAGGUGGAUCCCAAGAAGACCAUUCAGAUGGGCUCUUUCCGAAUCAAUCCAGAUGGCAGCCAGUCAGUUGUGGAGGUGCCUUAUGCUCGCUCAGAGGCCCACCUCACAGAGCUACUAGAGGAAGUAUGUGACCGGAUGAAGGAGUAUGGGGAACAGAUUGACCCUUCCACCCACCGCAAGAACUACGUGCGUGUAGUGGGCCGGAAUGGAGAAUCCAGUGAACUGGACCUACAAGGCAUCCGAAUUGAUUCAGACAUCAGUGGCACCCUCAAGUUUGCGUGUGAGAGCAUCGUGGAGGAACAUGAGGAUGAACUCAUUGAAUUCUUUUCCCGAGAGGCUGACAAUGUUAAAGACAAACUUUGUAGUAAGCGAACAGAUCUGUGUGACCAUGCCCUGCACAUAUCGCAUGAUGAGCUAUGAACCACUGGAGCGGCCCAGACUGACGGGCUUGAUGGACCACCCCCAGGAGCAGAGGAGGGUGGCAAUGCCUUUUAUAUUACGUUUUUACUGAAAUGAACUGAAAAAUCAUGAAGCCAAAAGUAUGAACUGUGUUGUCUUUUCAUGCCCAGAAUUGGCCCUCACAUUAGGCUUGAAAAUAGGGCAUUCCAGACAAAAGAAAGGAAGGAAGAGCUUUGGGAAUGGCGUAGCAUGAAGGUAGGAGGACCCUGAAGCUUUCAUUCUUUUGUCAUCUGAGACCUCUGCUGGACUCACAAAUUAGAUAACCACUUAUUCAGUGCCUAUUCAAUACAGUGUGUUUAGAGUCUCAAUUGUGGAGAGAAGGGAACCUGUGAAUAAGCAAGAGAAUAUAAGUAAGUGUACGGUAGUAUAGGAUUCUAGAAACUGUCCAUACUGAUGAAAGAAGACAGAGCUUGAAUUUGAAGGAAAUAAUGGACAUGCAUUAUUCUUCCCUCCCUGCCCUUCCAGAUGCAGGGGUCAGCAAGAGCGGACAGAAAGGGGAAAAUAGAUGUGAUCAACUUAGCUGAAAAGGGCUUUAUCAGAUAGGAAAAGAUGAGGUAAGGAACGUUACUUAAAGGCUUUGCUUGCUGACCUGAGCUUUUAGGUUUGAUGCCAGCUGUAACAUUGAAGUAUGCCUUUCUCAUCUCCAUCACUAGCCAUUGUCAAUCUGGACCAUAAGUCUGUCCUCAUUUUCUGUACAUAGGAUUCUGUACUGGGGCAUAGGAAUGAAAACCUAAAGGAUACCUUUGAGGAGCUUAACACACCUUGAUCCAGAGGUAUGGCUGUUUCAGGCUUUGGAAUGGAACAUUCCUGUCCCAGGAAUGCCUCAGAAUGAACACCUGAAUAAACAUUUAAAUUAAGCAUUUUAGAAUCUAAAGGGAACUUGGAGAUCAUCUAGUUAACCUCUGCCCAUUCUACAGAUGAAGAAGCUGAGACCCAGAGAUGCCACAGGUCUUGAAGUUCUGUAUAUAGUGGCAAAACUGGAUCUAUAAGCUAAUGUUUCAAGUGAUCUAAUACAGCUGUAAAGUAACCUCUA